AUUGGGAAGGGGGUGAGUGUAAAAAUUAGUAUCAGCGUACAAAGAGUUUUGAAGUAGACAUAUCCUGUAUUUCCAGGGGGAGCACACACCACUGGAGUAUUUCCUGUAGGGGAAGUCCAUAUAAAUACAAAGGGGGCUUUACUGAUGUUCUUCACUCAUUGCCAAUAAGUCUUGCCAACUUGACGUAGUAGUAGUAAACACAAGCAUUGCAACACAACUUCAAGUUUUCUCUCUUCCAACAUCACUGCUUAAGACACCUGUGGGUCUAAACUGCGCAUGAACUGAAACAAUUCAGAUGUGGAUUAUCUCAACAGCUGACCUCCAUGAGAUAUAACUGGACUUAGGAUUAGGAAAUUAAUCCCUGUUAAGUCACCAUACUUCAUUCAUGGUUUAAAUCUGCAAGGAUCAAAAUACAUAUUUUUGAGGAGUAUUUUAGAGAUGGAACUGAUGAUGGUUUUAAAUAGACUGAUGUCACAAUCACUGAUGUGUCUAUGGUUCCUGAUGUUUGCACUUUGUGAAGAUGUCAAAGGUACUGCUCAAUGUAUGUGCAUGCCUGAACACCCACAACAACAGUUUUGCAGAUCAAGCUUUGGUAAUUGUUCGUGGUCGAAUCAUUGGAAAGCUAGUACACUCCAAUCAAAACCAUGGAAGGGCGUCAAUGGAUGUUGCACCAGUGGAUAUCGAUGAAGGAACGACGGCUUAUAUUGUGAAGGUAGAGAGGAUAUAUAAAGGUGAAGGUGUGAUGGGACUACAGAGACAUGUUGAGGUUACCAUGAUGAGAAGAGAUAAGGAAUGUGGCUUGAAAAGACUAAGGAAAGGACAUGUCUAUGUCUUCACAGGUAACCAUGAUGAGACAGGAUUGUAUAACAUUGGAACAUGUGAUUGGGUGAUUGAAUACUCGGAUCUUACCAAAAUGCAGAAACAGGGUGUUAGAUAUCUAUACAGACAAUACUGCAAUACAUGUGAGAUCAAUCUUUGUUUCAACGGGCACUGUAAGCAGCGGAGUCCUACUUCAUGUAUGUGGGAUGUUGCAGGGAUUGGCUAUGGAGGUGACCAAUGUGAAGCCAAACAUUCUAGAUGUAUCAGACUGGGUAAUGGAAGCUGUGGAUGGUUCAAUUCUUUUGGUUUCAAAGGAUGUUACAGAAAUCGUGCAUUAUCACAGCAAAACAGAGUAAAAUAAUAUUAUACCGGACUUAUAACACCUAGUUUAUCUUUAUUGUGAUAUUGUACUUGCUAAAUUGAGGAUGAAGCAGUAAUGACAUGCACAGGAGAAGAAUUUAUUUUAAGAAAAUUAAGAGCCGAGUUGAGAGGCCGGGUUAUGCAAUUGAAUUUUAUUUUCCCAGUAUUUGAUGUCCUGGCCUUUGUUAAAAAUUCUUAAUAAAAGUGUAAUUGUGCUGUUAAGUGUGUGAUCAAUAUUCAGAUAUGAAAUGAUAAAUUGAAUAUAUCAUUUACAAUAUGAAACCAUUGUAAGAAGAAUCCAUAGUAGAAUUGUAACCCCCUUGUCAUGUGUGAUUCCAAUAAAAAAUGGCAUCUAAAAAUAAACAGUAUUCAUGAUAGAGAUCUGGAAAUAAAUGUAGCCUUUCUCAUAUUAUGUAAUUUUUGAUAUUAUUACUUUACCCAUAUAGGUAUGAACUUGAACCUGUAAUAAAAAUAUUGAGACCAAAUGAUAUGUAUGUAAGCUAUCCACAAAUAUUUUGAGCAUUCCAGUAUUGAAACUGAAAUAUAAAGUAUAUUCUUUGGCAUAUUAUAUCCAUGUUAUGUAGCUUGAGCAUAUACCUAGAUUGUAUUUCAAAAAUAUAGAUCUUUAACAAAAUCAGGCAAGCUAUUUUGUAAGCUUAUAUUCACAUCAGAAAUCUAAUAUUAAAUCCUUUAAAACCCAAGUGUAUCAUGCAUUUAAGUUGGUUUAUGUUUUUUAUAAGCAGUAAUGCCAUGGUCACAUUUGUUCUACGGCGGCCGUACGGCAAGUCGAAAACAGCCGUUUUAACUUUUUU